UCUCCGCACGAGGGAAGGGGGGCGCCGGGCUUUCUCCGCAAAAGCGUGCGGUGCCGGCGGAUGCGAGGGCGUCUGUGCAGUCUGUCUGUGCACACUCCCGGCUGCCUGGACGCGUAUUUUCCCCAGUACCGACGGGCACCGCCCGCUCCCCUGCCGAGCCGGACUCUGCAUCUCGCUCCCCUGCGGAGCCCCGGCCUUCCCCGCUCGCCAGCGGCCGACGCCGGUGCACAGAAAAACGCCCGUGGCGGGAGCGUUCGGGGAGCUGGGGCACCAGGCCGCCGGCACGGCGGACAGCUGCCUAGCUUCGGCACCGGCACGGACCGGCGGCCGCCCCUCGGGCGGCCUCGCUGCCGGCUGUCCACGGAGCUUCCCACAGCAGGGCGCUCCCCAGACUGGCUCUGCAAGCCCGCAGCUCCGACCAAGCUCCCGGCGGCGGCGCCCGCCGCCCGGUGUUUCACGUCGCCGGGCCUCUCCCCCGGCCGCCGACGUGCGGGCAGUCCCAGGACCUGGCCGAUUUGGCUCGGUAGCCCUAGCGGAACGGCCCCGGCCCGGGAGGAGGCGCCACCGCCGGCGGUGCACGACGGUGACUGAUCCAGCCCGCGCUCCCCCCCUCGGAAGGAUGGAUGUGAACGAGCUACUAAGUGUAGUUACUAAUAACAAUAACAAUAAAUUAUCGGA